AUGGCUUGCAGUAUCUUGUUGAGCCUCUUCUUCCUCGUGCUCCUGUCCGCUUCCUGUCCCGCUCGUGCUGAACCUCGGAGGACCACUGCGUCUCAGCGCAGAGUGUCUCGCGCGCCAGCCCUCAAGGUGCGCUUGGGGGGCAACUUCGCGCGACAAGCACACGAAGGGCGCGUGGAAGUGCUGCACAACAACACCUGGGGGACCGUCUGCGACGACGAGGUGGACAUCAAGCUCGCCAACGUAGUGUGCCGUGAGCUGGGUUUCGAGGGUGGCAUAACGUGGGCUCACAGCGCACAGUAUGGAGAAGGAACGGGUCCGAUAUGGAUGGAUAAUGUACGCUGUGACGGCUCAGAGAAGUCCCUGAAGGACUGCAAACACAACGGGUGGGGGGUUAAUGACUGCAAACACUCUGAAGAUUUGGGGGUUGUGUGCACCCCUGAGCGCAGGGGGGUGAGUCAGCCAGCCAGCAGAGGCCACACCACUGCUGCAAGGCCUAAUGGUAACACUGCACCCCAGUGGCAGGGGUUUGUGGACACCCGCGGGCAACCAGGGUACGGAUAUUAUGGAAACGGACAUCCAUAUGAGGUCCCCAGGUUCCAAAGACCCCACCACCACCACCACCACUAUCAGAGGCAAAGUAAGGUGCGAAUUGAGGAGGUCCGUCUUCGUCCCAUCCUUAUGGCUACCAAGAGGAAGAGCCUUAUAACAGAGGGUGUGGUGGAAGUGAAGCAUGCUGGGAGAUGGAGGCAAGUUUGUGACAAGGGCUGGAGUCUCAAUAGCAGCCGGGUUGUGUGUGGGAUGCUUGGCUUUCCAGAGGCUACUCAGCACAAUGUCAGAACAUACAAAAAAAUUUGGGAUACCAAGGUUACAGAUCCUUCAACAAGACUGAGCCUCAUGGCAAAAAAGAAAGGAUUUUGGGUAGAAAAAGUUCACUGUGUGGGCAGUGAGAACAGUUUGUCAGAGUGCCAUGCUCAGUUGUCAAUCCCCCGUAGCCCGACCCCUUGUAAGAAUGGGAGACAUGCGGUGGUCAAGUGUGUACCAGGACCUCAGUUUGCUCGCAUCUCUUCAGGAAGACCUCAAGCCCCCUAUCCAGUUGUGCCUGUGCGCCUCAAGGCAGGCCCCAGACUGGGAGAGGGGCGUGUGGAGGUGCUCCGAGAUGGAAAAUGGGGGACUAUCGUAGAUCACUUGUGGGACAGAACAGCAGGCAGUGUUGUGUGCAGGGAACUGGGCUUUGGUACUGCCAAAGAUGCCCUGCAUGGAGCCUUUAUGGGUCAAGGUACAGGGCCUAUCCAUUUGAACAAUGUACAGUGUACUGGGCUGGAACGCUCUAUCCUAGACUGCUACUUCCAGGAAGUCCAACCAUGGACAUUCAAACACAGCCAGGAUGCCUCAGUACGCUGCAAUGUUCCUAAAACAGGCACAGAAAAAACGGUGCGGCUUGCUGGUGGUAGAGUCCGAUCAGAAGGCCGUGUGGAGGUGUUGAUGGACGUUGGGGGUCGUAAGCGCUGGGGCUCUGUCUGUAGUGAGAACUGGGGUAUCACUGAGGCCAUGGUGGUUUGCAGACAGCUGGGCCUGGGCUUCGCUGCCAGUGCUCAUCAGGAGACCUGGUACUGGCCUGGUGACCCCAGUGCUGGCGAUGUGAUUCUCAGUGGAACUCACUGCAUGGGCACAGAGCUUUCAAUUCAACAGUGUCGUCGUAACAACUAUGUCCAUUGUCCUCGUGGAGGUGGAGCAAAGGCUGCCGGGGUCAGCUGUUCAGACACGGCACCUGAUCUUGUGGUGGAUGCCCAAUUGGUCCAGGAGACAGCUUAUCUGGAAGACCGUCCUCUCCACCUUCUGACCUGUGCCAAUGAGGAGAACUGUUUGUCAUCUUCUGCUGCCAGGAUGAACUGGCCUUAUGGCCACCGACGCCUGCUGCGGUUCUCCUCCCGCAUCAUGAACUUGGGUCGGUCGGAUUUCAGACCCAGAGCAUCAAAAGAUAGCUGGACAUGGCACCAGUGUCACAGGCACUACCACAGCAUUGAGGUGUUCACGCAUUACGAUCUGCUGACUCUGAAUGGCACGAGAGUUGCAGAGGGACACAAGGCCAGUUUCUGUCUGGAGGACACAUAUUGCCCUGAUGGCCUCCAGAAACGCUUCUCCUGCUAUAACAUGGGCGAUCAAGGCAUCUCCGUGGGCUGCUGGGAUACAUAUCGCCAUGACAUUGACUGUCAAUGGGUUGAUAUGACUGAUGUACGGCCAGGAGACUACAUAUUCCAGGUCGAAGUCAACCCCUCAUUGGACAUGGCUGAGUCUGACUUUAUGAACAAUGUUAUGAGAUGUCGGUGCAAAUAUGAUGGCCACAGAGCUUACAUGUAUGGAUGCCAUUCAGGUGAUGCAUAUAGUGCGGAAACUGAAGACCUAUUUGAGCAUCAGAGGCAAAUCACCAACAACUUUCUGUAGCCUGUCCCAGGGUCCAGAGGAGGCCUUCUCAUGUGGCCCAGAGAUCACUGAGCGUGGGCUCACGCUGAUGGCCUCAGGCCCUUGGGAUAUUAGGACCCAAAAUAAUAUGCAACAGAGUGCCUGCUCAUCUCCUUGGAAGAUGUGGACAUACUAAUAUUAAGCACAUCAUAUCACAGCAGCGACCAUUGCAGAGACACUACUCUCAACUCAGACACCAAAUACAAGAGUCGUCAGGUGCAAGACGGCUCAACAUGUUUUUUUUUUGUUUUUUGUUUUUUUUAACUCUAGUUAAGUAAGAGUUUUGUU